AUGUUCGACAUCACCAAGAUCUUUGCUGUGUACGCUGUCAUCAUGGCCGUUUUCGACAAAGGCGCGCAUGCCGAGAAAGAAGUCGCCGAGACGUUUGGAUUGGUCGGUGGCCACUCUUUGGGUGCAGGCGUUGGCCUCGGAGGCGUCGGUGCAGGAGUCGGCCUUGGCGGUGUCGGUGUAGGUGUUGGAGCCGGCUUGAACACUGGUGUCGGCUAUCCUGGUGUCGCCGGGUAUCCGGUCAGUGGCCAAGAUGUCAACGUUCGUACCGGCGGUGGCAACGGCAACUCGGUCAAGACAUCGACUGUGACGACUGUCGACGGUACUAGCUCUGGAACGGCGUCCACUGGCACGAGCACAGGCGGCGGAUCGGCAAACACUGCUGCACAUGCGAAUGCAAGUGCGAAUGCGAAUGCCUACGCAAGUGCGAAUGCGAAUGCUGGGGCAAAGACCGGAACCAACGUUGGUGAGACAAUGACUGGAACCAGCGAUACUUCUCAAAACGUGUACCGCAAGCUUCGCUCGGAGAAGUGA